UUAGAUCUUUUCCACCAUCCCGGCAUCUAUUUAGACGCAAAUGCCGAAGCGAUCACCGGUCCCGGACUGUGGCCAGACCGCACAGCUGUUCCCUAUGACAUAAGCAGCGACUUUGACAAAUCACAACAAACCUUGAUUUUGAAAGCCCUUCGCGUUCUGGAGAAAAAGACGAACUUCUGCAUUUCAUUUAAAGCCAGAACGGAUGAAUCGGACUACAUACGUUUCCUGCCCAGUUAUCUCAGCAACUGCGCUGCGGAAGUUGGACAUAAAGGUUCGUCCCAGUACAUCUACUUAGCGGUACCCGGCUUAUUCUCGUCCGCUUCGUGUAUGUACAUUGGAAAUAUACAGCACGAAGUUAUGCAUGCAUUGGGUUUUAACCACGAACAAAGGCGCCCUGAUCGAGACCAGUAUGUGGAAUUAAGCAAUGGAAACAUUGAUUCGGAUGAAUACGAACGAGAUUUCGCUAUCAAUAAAACCAUGUACACUUUCGGAACCAAAUACGACUACCAUUCAAUCCUUCACUAUCAUGCCUUCCAGGCUGCCGAGAAUCUAACCCUUCCGAGCAUGGUACCUAAGAAAGGACUGAUUGUUCGCAUGGGCCAAGCAGCGCGCAUGAGUCCGACAGAUGUCGCCAAAAUUUUGAUCGCCUACAAAUGUCCACUAGCCGUUGUCCCCGGCAACGAACAGACUGCUGCAAGUGACGAGUUCCCGAAUUUCUCCCUGGAACCGAUGACUGCCGACGAGUGUGGUGCACAGUUUAAUCGUUAUUGCCGCUCCGACCUGACCACCAUAACGAACUGUACAGAUCGCAGGGACUAUCGUAUAACUUGCCGGUCCAAUGCUUCCGUAUCGGUAUUGGAACGGAUGGCGCUGGAUAUGGCAGAGCAACCACUGCGACUGGUUUCGAUCGGUGCAGAAGAAGAACUUAUCGCCAAGUACUUGUUUACGCCCAUCCAACGGCAAGUCCUGAAGCUGCAACUAUGGAAUUGCACCACAGACCGUGUGACGUCCAGAGUGCAGAAACUCAGUUUUACCAACCUUUUACAUUUGGAAAUAUCUAACUGCUACAAUUUAGUCGUCGAAAAGGCAGACUUCACGAUUUCUCAGCAGCUGCGAAUGAUUUUGUUCUUCAAUAGUACGAUUAAUUCUUUACAAGCUGGUGCUUUUACGGACUUGCCCAAAUUGCAAAUACUUUCUCUGGAGGCAUUGUCUUAUAGUCAGAAAAAUUAUAUUUUCGAAGAGGGAUAUCGGAAUUACUUGCGAAAUCUACACUGCGGCUGUGAAUUUUCAUGGUAUCGGUCAUGGUGGCGUGCCAAUAAGAAGUUAAGGCUCAAAGUGGAAUAUGGAGAAUUAUAUUCCUUCGAAGGGCCUUUGUCUGGAACGUAUUUCAGCAGUGAUGAUUUCACGCGGGAAGAUCUGUACCAUCCGAUUAACUGCAGUGCCGAUCCAUUUCCUCUUAGCACGGAAUGGAUUAACUAUUAUUCUCAAGUUGAUUAUUCGGUUAACGAGCCGUUUUGUAAUACCUAAUUGUUAUUGUUAAUGCAUUUGUUUACAUCAGUCUGCGAAUGACCCCACGCAUUGCACUGUAUAGCCUGCUGUACAAACUUUUGAA